CUCGACAACCGCAAAGAUGAAGUACAUCCACUCGGAGGAACUGCUCGAGAUUCCUGAGGGAGUCAAGGUCUCCAUCAAGACCCGCAAUGUGGUCGUCGAGGGCCCCCGCGGAAAAUUGAGCAAGUCUCUCGGUCAUUUGUCCGUCAGCUUCUCUCACCCCAAGAAGAACCUCAUCAAGAUCGAGCUCCACCACGGAUCGCGGAAGAGCGUCGCCACCCUCCGUACCGUCCGCACUCUCAUCAACAACCUCAUUAUUGGUGUGACCAAGGGAUACAAGUACAAGAUGCGUUAUGUCUACGCACAUUUCCCCAUCAACGUCAACAUCGAGAAGAAGGGCGAGCAGUACGAGGUUGAGAUCAGGAACUUCAUUGGCGAGAAGAUCGUCCGAAGAGUCCUGAUGCGCCCGGGUGUCGAUGUUGAGAUCUCCAAGACCCAGAAGGACGAGCUUCUGCUGAGCGGAAACUCGCUCGAGGACGUCUCCCAGAGCGCCGCCGACAUCCAGCAGAUCUGCCGUGUGCGCAACAAGGAUAUCCGGAAGUUCUUGGACGGUCUGUACGUGUCGGAGAGGGGCAACAUCAUCGAGGACUAAAUGGGGGCCUGGAGUAGGGGUUUCUUUCACGGGCAUAUGAUCUCUGCAUUCUGGGACGAGAGGGGGCGCCACGGGAGACUAGGCUCGAAAACUGUGUUUCUUAAACCAAACCAAUACCACCAGCUCCGCCGCUCCAGGUGGCUGCCAUGAACGGGCGUCAACUUGUAUGCUGCCGCUGUGUGAUGUCUCUAGGUUGGUUGAUGGCAUGCUUAUCAGUUCUGUUCGUGCCUGCCCACCUGGGCAGGUGUAGAGAAUUCGACAGAUCCACGUGACGUUGAAGAUAGAUC